AUGUAUCAUACAGAUCGGUCUAUGUUUAUAAAUUCAAUCUACGCCUACUUACUCGAAGGGGCAAUAGUAGUGAUUCUCAACGUUCCUCUUACAAUUACAAUGAUUCUUAUGAAGAAGAUACGAUCUCGUCGUGAAUUCCAAGCUAUACCGCCCGUAUACCGCUCAGAAUGCACCACAUUGAUAUUUGUACAGUUGAUGACUAUUUCUUAUCAAAUGCAGGGUAUUCUGUCGCUGGUUGUGGCAUUUGAUCGUUUCCUAGCUGUGACUCUUCCCAUAAAAUAUGUUAAACUUGGCAACUGCUACCAUUUCAUAAUUAUUGCAAGUAUGUUUAUUUAG